GCUGUCAUCUUUUUGUAGAUUAAGAAAAAAAGAAACAGUUACUCUCCAUACAGAUGAUGCAACUGAAGAUAUGAACACUGAGGUGGAAGGAGGAAGUUCAUUUCAAACAGCUACAUUUCAACCAAAGCGAUGAAGAGAGAACAGCAGCUGAAAGCAGCAGUAUAUCAUACUCAGUUUUCGCCUCAGAGAAAAGUAUUGAGUUUUUAGUGAUGGCUUUCUGCCAUCAGAGGAAUACAUGCAAAAGUGAACAACCAAUCAACAGUGAAUUAGACACAGAAGUGUGUCCAUUUGUGAAGAGGAAGUAGCAAACAUGCCAGUGAUAUAGUCAGUGAUGUUUGUGUGAUUGUGUCUUUUGUGUCAAAACCUCCUCUGAAGAUGAAGCUCUGCCUCUGUGUGCUUUACACAGCUCUGCAAGUCACUGUUGGAAAAGUUGCUGGAGAAGGCUGUGUAUUAUCUGAACCUAAAGAUGAAAACAUCACCAGAUCCCCAGGAGAGUCUGUUCUCCUGUCCUGCUCCUGUACUGACCUGCAGAUCAAACUGGAAGAGAUUAAGUGGGAAUUUAUUAACAAGAAAUAUUUUUAUAAGUUGACUGGAGAUCUGAACCCAGAAGAAAUGAAGCGUUACAGUGGUAGAGUCCAGACAUUCAGUGACAGUUCUCCAGGAAAUACAUCUCUGCUUCUAUCUAGCCUGACUGAAGAGGACCAGGGAUAUUACAUGUGUGUGAUUGAAAGCAAUGAAAGAACAAUCACACUCAUUGUUAAAGGAGAAAGUGAGGGGGCAGGGGCAGAAUCAUGGGCCAGAUCCUCCAGCAUUGUGUUGAUUAUCAUCAUCCUGCUGGUGGGCAUACUGGGAACAGCUGCAGUCACCUGCUGGAGAUACAGAAAGAGAAGAAAUGAACCAUCAGACAGCAGAGGGGAACACUCAGGGCAGGAACAACAGCGGAACGAGGAUGUUACUUACACCACAGUAGUCUAUAGGAACACAGCCAGAGCAGCACCCAGAGAUGCCAACACUGAGGAGGCCACGGAAUAUGCCAGCGUCAGAGCAGACGGAGAUGUGACCUACUCAACUGUCGACCAUGGAAACAGAGCUAGACCACCCCCCAAAGAGAUCAACACAGAGGAGAAGACGGAAUAUUCCAGCAUUCGACUGGACAGUCUGACAAACAGAAGUAAUGUGAGAAGUGGCGUCUGUCUUCCCCAACAGGCACAAAAUGACUGAAUGAUUGUGACUAAAUGAUUUGGGGCUUGACUGUACUUGCCAUUUAGGCCUAUUCUUAAUUAGUUUCUGUUUUUAAACAAUCUUUUUGUUUAUGUCAUUGGAAAUUAUGUAAAAUUAUGAGUUAUGUAUGAUCAAUGUGGAAUCAAUAGUAUAUUAAAUAUAGUGUGCAUAUACAGACAGACAUAUUCUAAGAAUAAAAGAUUGAAGAGAGAAA